GUUUCAGAGUUUUUUCAAUUGCUUGCUUUAAGUUUUUGCGUAGUGAAGUAAGUUAUGGCCAAGAAUGAGGAAGGAAGUAGUAGUCCGAGUUGGGGUGCUUCGUUUUUUAUGCAGACUUCAGAAGAUGUUGCAAUGGCUUUUGCUGCUGCGGCUUCUGCGAUAAACCCGCCAAGGCCUUCUGUUGUCUUUUCGUCGAAAGAUGAAGGUAGUGAUAGCCCUCUGGAGAGGUUACAGAGGCAGGUUUCAAAAGCGGUUAAAAACUUCUAUGAAACUCCUAAGACCAAGAGUGUAAUGUAUAAUCCUGAGGUUUUGACUAGCCAAAAGCGUCAAUGGGCGAAAUUUCAGGAUCAUAAACCAUUGAAAGAUCCAUCAAGGCUUUUUGAAAGCGUUGUUGUUGUUGGACUUCAUCCUAAUUGUGAUAUCCAAGCACUCGAGAGGCAGUACAUUGCACGAAAAUCUGAAGGCUCUUCUGGGAGAUUGCGAAGUGCAUUGGUUUCUCAAAAUCAUUCCCGUGUAGAACCCAGUCUUGAACCACAGGUCUUACUUGUGUACCCUCCCGAUAAGCAGCCUCCAAUUAAAUACAAGGAUCUUCAUUCAUUUUGCUUUCCUGGAGGCAUUGAGGUCCAUGCUGUUGAGAGAACUCCUUCCAUGAGCGAGUUGAGUGAGAUCAUUCUCAGUCAGGAACAUCUUAGACCAAGUGACCUUUCAUUUGUAUUUAGGUUACAGGUUGCUGAUAAUUCUACUUUGUAUGGAUGUUGCUUACUAGUGGAAGAAAUAGUGAACAAACCGUCCAGAUUGCUUUCCACAGUUUUGGAUAAACAACCUGCUUGCUCAUCAUUAAGUCGCUAUGUUAUGACAACUCGCAGAUGCUAUUGCGUCCUUACUAGACUGCCAUUUUUUGAAUUGCAUUUUGGUGUAUUAAAUAGUAUCUUCUUGGAAGAAAGACUGGAGCAUUUGAUGAGUGGCAUCAGUUGUGCAUCUUUAGAACCCCCAACAGAUUUCAGCAAUGAAGAUAGCUUAAAUGAUUCAUCACCCCAACAAAGAGACUCUGGGGACACAAAAGAACAAACUGUUAAAGCAGGUUCAGAACUCCCUAAAGCUGACGAAAUUUCAGAUAAUGGGACUUGUGAGGCGAAUCAGAAAGUUGACGUCAACUUGGAUCCACUAAAGACAAUUGUUGAGAAGACCUCUGGUUCUGCAGAGUCUAACGAUUAUGUCCCUAAAGCUGAUGAUUCCUUACCAAUUAUUCAGCAAGGCAGAGAAAGUUGUUUACCAGAUCCUGCCCCCCUUCUUCGGUGCCCGUAUUUGGAUGAGAUCUCUGAUUCUAGCACUAGCUUUCAGGCUGCUCCUUGUGAGAGGAGGCAUUCUAGGACCAGUGCAGAUGACACUGAGACAGAUGAAGCAUCCUUUUCUGGUCAAGAUGAUACAAGCAGUAAUUUUGAUAUUCUUGAGUGGGCAAAGUCCAAAAAAAAUGGGUCGCUGCAAAUUCUAUGUGAGUAUUACCAAUUAAAAUGCCCUGCAAGAGGUUCAACUAUUACAUUUCAUCCUUUGGAGCAUCUUCAUCCGGUUGAAUAUCAUAGACCUGAUGAAGUGGCAUUGCAUACUCCUGGAUCAGCAAUUGACCGAAGAUCAUUCAGCACUAGUCUAGAACUCGUGGAGGCACACACAGCACUCAUGGCUGAGGAAGAAGCAGCUGCACUAUCAACAUGGGCUGUUGCUUCGUUAUGUGGAUCACUGCGGCUUGACAAUGUCUUGAUGAUCCUAGCAGGAGCACUGCUUGAGAAACAGAUUGUAUUUGUUUGCUCUAAUUUGGGAAUCUUAGCAGCAUCAGUUCUAUCAAUUAUCCCAGUAAUCCGUCCCUUUCGGUGGCAGAGCCUUUUAAUGCCGGUUUUGCCAGAUGAUAUGCUGGAAUUUUUGGAUGCCCCAGUCCCUUACAUAGUUGGAGUAAAGAACAAAACAAGCGAAGUUCAGUCGAAACUAACAAAUGUUAUCGUCGUGGAUGUUCUGAAGAACCAGGUUAAGUCACCAAGUAUGCCUACACUGCCUCAGUAUCGAGACUUAUAUAAUGCGCUAAGUCCUUAUCACUCAAAGCUCGUUGGAGAAAGCUAUCUAGCAAAGAAAAGACCAGUAUAUGAAUGUACUGAUGUCCAGGUGGAUGCUGCAAAAGGCUUCCUGGGUGUCCUAAGGUCGUACAUUGAUUCUCUUUGCUCUAAUCUGCAGUCACACACCAUAACAAAUGUGCAGUCCAACAACGAUAAGGUAUCACUUCUUCUAAAGGAAAGUUUCAUCGACUCUUUUCCUAGUCGUCAGCGCCCGUUCAUGAAGCUAUUCGUGGAUACACAACUCUUCUCUGUACAUACAGAUCUCGUUCUUUCCUUUAUUCAGAAGCUAUAGGAUAACUACAUGUAUACGCAAAACAAGUCUUGUUGGUGGGAACAGAACACAAUACCUGGCGAUAAAAGUGCCAUCGAUUCUGUAUUUGUAACUUACUGUUUGAGAAAAUUGUCUAUGGAAAAAGACUUCCAUAGAUGAGGAUUUGAUACAGAGAACCAUCCUCUCCUUUGUAUCCUUCAAACACAAACACAGUUUGGUGUUUUAAAUCUUAAAUCUUAAUAAUAGCCUACGGAUCUU